AGAAUCUGAUUCAAACGAGAUUUUCUGGGGCUGUUUAAGUGGAAUUGGUGUUCAAGAUUUUUAAUAAUAUUGAAGCAGAACUUGAACGUUGUAAAAUAUUUUAAAGUGGAUAAAGAUGGCUUUAGAUGCUAAAACUAUCAAAGAAGAAAUUCCAGAUAAAGAUCUGUAUCCUGAGACGCAACGCAGAAGCAAUGGAUCGAACAAGGAUCGUUGCAAAACUCCUGAUUCUCCGGAAGGUGCACGCCUAGUCGCCCCCAGAAGUCCGAGCUCACCUUCGGGACCUUUGAAUUUGCUACAUAACCAAUGUAGGGCGAGUAACGGGUCUAUUUCGCCACAUCAAAACGGAAGCGGUGCUGGUUCACCGACUCCACCGCCUAGCGGUCAUUUGGCGGCAGAAUUGCAAUUAUAUGGACAAACAUCACAAAGGCCUUUAUUAAAAGUAAAAAGAUUUCUCUCGACACUUGUAACAUUUGGACAAGACAUUUCUCCAGAUAUCGGCGAACGAGUUAGGGGACUCGUUAUGUCAUUGGCUAGUUCGGGAAUCAGUCUUGAAGAAUUUCAAGGAUCACUACAAGAUGUGACUAAUUUUCCGCUAAGACCAUUUGUACUGCCCUUUCUUAGAGCGCAUUUGCCACUUCUUCAAAGGGAAAUUCAAACAUUAGCGCGAACUGCUAAACAGACGCCUUUACAGUAUGUGAGAGGGCACGAACAAGUAGUCUUAGACCCAUCUCAUAAUUCUGCUGAAGCAGCCGAAAUAUUCCUGCCUCCUGCGUCAUCAUCUACAACUGGUCCUUGUGGUGAUGAUAGAGCAAGCAAUGCUGCUGCUCCAAUAUUGAAAAGAAGAGCUUCUGACGCUUAUCACGACACAAUGUCCAAUGGACUCUCCCACGACAUGUUGGGUGAAUAUCCUCCUCCAAAACGAGCACAUCCAUCUUUAUUAGUUAAUCCAUCACCUCUGCUCAUGCCUGUUCAUCAGCAUCAAGGAUCUUACGACUAUCAGCAUUUUCAGCCACUUGGGCCAAGUCAUGAAGAAAGACGAGAUUCAAAUAAUCAAUUAUCAAAUGAUCAAAGAAAUGGAACUUGUGAUGAGUGGAAAAAUAUUAAUACUAUGUUAAAUUGUAUUUUGUCGAUGGUAGAGAAGACUAAGAGGGCUUUAGCUAUACUUCAACAACGAGGGGUUCCACAAGAAACUAAUCCAGUAAUGGAAAAUAAUGAUAUCCGACGAUUAGUCAAUGAAAUAUUAUCAACUACGGUUCGUCAGACUGAAGAAAGAGUAGCUGAAGUAAAAAGAAGAGCUGAAGAUGCCGUGAAUCAGGUGAAACGACAGGCGGUAUUGGAAUUACAACGGGCGGUAUCACAUGCAGAAAGCAAAGCACUUGAACUUGUGGCUUCGGAAAGAGCAAAAAUGGAGAAAAUGCUUUUAAUUCACAAACAACCCCCAGAUGAAAAUAAUAUGGAUAAUCAAGAAAAUAGUCGAUCGCCGCCAGUUUCUAGUAUGUCCCACCAAAAUGUUUGCUGGAAUUGUGGACGGAAAGCAAAUGAAACCUGCAGUGGAUGCAAUGUGGCUCGAUAUUGUGGAUCAUUUUGCCAACAUCGAGAUUGGGAAACUCGCCAUCAUCAGAACUGCGCGAGUCAGGACUCAUCAAAAGCUGCACUACGACUACUGCCUACGAUAAAUAAUACAACAAUAGCAAAUCCUGUCCCAACAGCAGCAUCUGUUUCUAUAUCUACUAGUAAUGGUAAAUGCAUACUUCCAUCAUCAAAUUCAUCAGGAAACGUAAGUAGUGUCUUAUGCGGAAAUAAUAAUCAAGAAAGAAUACCCCCGUUAAAAAAAUGACGCCGACGACUUCGCAAAUAGACUUUGAGCGAUGUAUAUAAAUAUUAGUCAAUCGUUGAUGUAACUUGUUUAUAUGUAAGGUUUUAAAUUAUGGGAAUAUUUGUGAAAAUCAAAAUAUUCAGAUCUUGGUGUGAUUCUACUGACCAACUUUUUGUGAACUAGAUUUGCCGACUCGGAACCAUACCAUAUUAAACUAAUUUUUUUUCUUGUUUUUAUAAAAUUACAACGUUUCAGGUAAUUAAUAUAUUAAUCUAAGAUUAUUCUUAAUGUUAGAUUAGAAAUAAAAAAAACACUUA